CGAGGAGAUGUCCUCUUGUCUCGAUUGAACGUUGGACCAGAUCAGGAACGCAAAAAUGAGAGCCGCCUGCUGGUUGCUAUUGAUCACCAUCCUCGCACAAUCAUGCUCGCACCCAGAAUCGAGCAACGACGAAAGUUUAACGACGGGAGAAAUCAUUAGCGGUGAACUCGGAAGUUUCUUUAGUUCGCCGGAAGAUCUGAAGCAAGUGAAGAUACUAUUGAGGCAGGCCACGAAUUCUUCAACUUCAGAAAACGGCACCGUCACCGCGACCAGACAAAGACCCUGUCAGUGUAGCGGUGGUGUCUGCGGAUGUUGUUCAAGAAUAUUGUAUGAUACAUGGAAACAAAAAGCCUGCGUGAAUAUCACAUACGAUCCCGAUGAGUUUAGCUUCACCGCCAAAAUCAUGAUGAACGACAGAGUUCUUUAUACAAGGACUGUUUCUGGAAAGAAUCCUAGACCGAUAUGUGUUCCUGUUCCAAGACUACCGAUUGUCAGGGCAUGCGUUAAAUUUUAUAAUAUAUAUUUCCAAGGCAGAAAUAUUCAUCUGUGUCUCAAUAUGGAAGGAAAAUUCCAGGAUACUACACUGUUUAAGGUUAGUUUAGAUUGUCUUAGAUUCGGUUCAAACGGAUUAGCUCUGUUGAAACCCGAGGAUGGAGGUGGUUUGGGUCAAAUUGAACUUUUUCCGGAAGAUGCGGACGAUAAUGAAGAUUAUGAUGAUGAGGACGAUGACGAUGACGAUGACGACGACGAUGACGAUAUAUUUUAAAAAUAAUUUUUAAGACAGAUAAUAAUGAUAUUAUAAAUUAUGUGCCAUUUAUGCAUGCUCAUUAUCAUUACUUUUAAUAUAAAUAAACGCACACAAAAAACUA